AUGGCGACUCUCACCGAUCUCCCGUUCGAGCUGCUCAGCAUCACCGCUGCUGACCCGGGCCUCACCAACCGUGAUCGCAAACAAGCCCGUCUGGCAUGCAAACGGCUGGCCGACGUCAUGACGCCCGUCAUCUUCAGGCGUGCGUACAUCUCCCGUAUCAAGGCUGACCGCGACGCAUUCCUUAGCCUCGCCAAUACGCCUCACCUGGCUGCCCAUGUCAAGGAGAUCAUCUGGUUCGAGCUUGAAGUCUCUUGGCGAUCAUUCGACGAGGAAAACAGACUCGAAGUGCAGCUGUCCGACGGCCGCAAUGUGAACCUCUUCGAGGCCGCGCGAGACAUUUUCUGGCUUCCCGUCGAACCAAAGUUUCAGCGUGACCGAGACGACAAUGGCGAAAUCGUAUACCGCAGCCCUCCCGAGUGUGCCGCCGAGUUCCUUGUCCACUUCAAGGCUGCCGUUGCCCGCAUGCCCAAGCUGCACGCCUUUUCAUCGGAGCAGAUGGCCCCUCAUCGCAUUGUCAGCCUGGUCGAUGGCUUUCCUUUCGAGGUUGGGAUUUUGAUGGCGUACGAGUGCGAGGCCGAGUCCGAGGCCUGGUCCGACUUCCUGCACAUCUUUCUGGAAACCAUCCUGGAGGAGAAAGGACGUAUCAACAAGCUGCAUUGUGGCAAUGAACUGUCAGGCUCUCUGAUCCGGAUCGACCCUCGUUACCACGCGGCAAUGCCGUAUCUCAUCUCUCUCGAAGUCUCUAUGUCAAAUUUGUUCACGACUAUCGGCGACGGUGAUUUCGACCCCGUGAAAGUCCAACAGAACAUGGCAACCCUACUAAACGUCAUGUACAGGGCGACAGAGCUUCGGGAGCUCAGCCUUUCCCAGGAUUCCAAUCCAGAAUUUGCGCGGUGGGCCAUUCCAAUUCCCAGUUGGAUCAGAUUAAUUGACCUCCGCAUCCUUCCUAUCAUCAUGCAACCCCACCAAAAAGUCCACUGUUGGAACCAUCUACGAUCCCUGAAGCUUGGGACUAUCCGUGCAACAGUUAAAAGCAUACUGCCGCUGAUCAAGGCCCACGCCACGACCCUGCGCCAUCUCAAUCUGAACCAGUGCCGCCCCUCUGCGUCCUUUGUGCGCGAGCUGUCCCAGAUUGACGGGAUCCAGCUUGAUUCAAUCAUUAUAUCUGACUCCGAGGUCGAAGAUUCAGACUUGGUGUCCGAGGAGGACCUCCUACGCUUCAUCCGCGGCGGAAAUGUCCAGGAUGGGGAGCUGGUCAAGAUGAUUGAAGAGGGCAGGUUUGUGACGCACAACCGGCGCCGUGACAUCCUCGACUACAAUGCUAUGGAGAACUCAGAGGCGGGCCUAGAUGAAAUCCCCAGCCACUCCUCCAUUCGGUACCACCCCGCCAGCUGGUAUUCUGAUAUCGACUCAGGCUUUGAUAUCGACUCAGGCUUUGAUAUCGACUCAGGCUCUGAUAUCGACUCAGGCUUUGAUCUCUACUCAGGCUUUGAUAUCGACUCAGACUUUUAUAUCGACUCGGACUCUGAUAUCGACUCGGACUCUACAACCGACUCGGACUCUACAACCGGCUCAUACUCUACAACCGACUAA